AUGGACGCCGCUGACUGGUGGUCACCGUCGCCGUCGGCCUCACCGCCGCCGCCGCCCCGCGCCCCACCACCACGCUGCAGAUGUAGACCUAUGUUUUCUAACAGUUACCAUUGCUUACCUCACUAUGAAGGAUGGCAUGAAGGUGAAGACGAAUCGACCGGAGGCGUGCUACGCGAGCGCGAGCUACGUUCGCUACAUCGCACAGUACCGGCUUUACGGAGACGUGAGCUUGAUACCAGAGCAAUCAAGCACCAUUUCUAUCCCGAAGGUGGUUGGGGUUGGAUUGUAUGCGGUGCAGCAUUUUUGGCUCAUCUUUUAUCAACUGGCUUACAAUUAGCUUACGGGGCUCUGCAUGUAUACGCAUUGAGGCAUUUGGGUCCAAAUGCUGAUCAUGCAGUUUGGGCUGGAGCUAUAUGCGUGGGAGUCUCCCGUGCGGCAGGAGCUCUGGUGGCAAGCCGGAAACGAUCACCGAGGCUGGCUGCACUAUUAGGGGGACUCUUGUUACCACUUGCGUGCCUCUUUACUUCCUUUGCAACCCAAUUGCACCAAACUCUACUUAGUUACGGAAUAGUUCUCGGAGUUGGCUGCGGAUUAGUGCGCGAGGCAGCUGGCCUGGUCCUGGGGGCAUACUUUCGUCGACGCCGACAGUUCGUGGAAUUGGUGGCGCACGCCGGCGGAGGCGUCGGCAUUGCCCUAUUUAGCGUCGCGUAUAAAGAGGCUGUGGGAAAACUUGGAUGGCGAUUGGGAUUGCAGGCAGUGACCGUUGUACUGGUCCUAGCAUUUUUCCUAAGCGCCGUGUACAGAAGCGCAACAUUGUACCAUCCGCAAAGGCGAGCAAUUCAGCAUCUAAAAAAUCAGAGGCGAAAGGUUAAAGAAAAGAAAGGGCUAAAAAGGCCGCCAUUUAUUGAUUUAAGUUCUUUACGCUCUCGACCUGCAAAAGUUUUGUCGUUAUCUACUGGUUUGGCAGCAUUUGGCCUUUACACUCCAGUCUUUUUCUUGGCUUUACAAGGUUUUCAAGAAGGCUUAGAAGAAAGUGCGUUGGUGUUAUUACAAACUUUCUUGGGUUUCGCUGCUGUUCUUGGGUGUGCUGGAUUUGGAUUAGUGCUUGUUCGUCCGUCGGCACAAUGUUUAGUUUCAAAACAAUAUCUCUGUCAAACAGCUAUGCUAGGUAUAGGAAUUUCAAUGCUAGCUUUAAGUAGCGUAGAAGGUUACCAUGGUUACGUCCUUUUCGCGUGGAUGUACGGCUUAUGUCUUGGGGGAUUCCUCUACUCAAUAAAAAUGCUUACAAUGGAGCGUAUUCGAGGACGGCACUUCACUAAAGUCUGGGGCUUCGUUCAGGGAGCCGAGGCGCUUCCAGUGAUCGUUGGGGUGCCGAUGACCGGUUACAUCAAUCAACAGGCACCGCGGGCUGGGUUUUAUUUUUCAACGGCCGCGACCCUAGCCGGCGCGUUGAUGCUGUUCUUCGUGGGGUUUUCGAAACGUGAACCGGAAGCACCGUCGGCACCUGCGCCCGCCAUAAGCGAAGCGUGCCUUUGCAUGACACCGCCGCGCUGCGAGCCCGCGUGGUGCGCGUGCAGCGCUGGUGGGGCGACCGCUUACUGCGCUUGGCCCACAACUUGCACCACCCGCCUCCCCAGAUCCCUAUCGUACGCCGCCCCGCUAAGCCGCACCUGCUGCUCGGCGAGAUAUCCCGAAUGCUGCCGUCGGGCAGCCCUACUACGGCCCUCACGGAGCGUCCCAGAGGGACUGGCCAAGUGCCCCAGCACUUGGAACCGCGCAGGCUCCUGCAGGACUGCCUGCAAUCGUCGCGAGCAACAUCUAAUAGAACAGAUCACCACGUCCGUU